UAAGCUUGUUUUCACUACGGUUUUCAUGUUCGCAUUCUUUCUUUCCUUAUGAUUCUAUCUCCAAAGCAACUCAUAGUUUUGAAUACUAAGUUCCAUCAGACGCAAUCUUCUAUUUUCUUAAAGAGGCAAAAUGAAGUUCUCGGCGUGGCAGCAGAGCUACAUCAACCGCCGGAGCAACAGCUUCAGGGCACCUUUGCCGUUGGAAUCUUCCGGCGAAUCCUCCAGUAAGUCUCCGGUGACCACCUUUUCGUUCCUCCUCCACGCCGCCUGCUGCCUCAUCAGCGUCGUCCUCGGUUUCCGCUUCUCCCGCCUCGUCUACCUGUUCUUCUUCUCAGUCACCUCAACAAACCUCUCUGCGUUCCGUGGCGGCGAAAUCCCCACUCCGCUCGUCGUGCAUUCCUCCCUCACCACGAAACCCAUGGAGAAUCCGGCGAACCAGACUGCCGGCAGCCGCGUGCUGGUUGGGCGGCACGGGAUCCAAGUACGACCAUGGCCGCAUCCAAAUCCCGAGGAGACGAUGAAGGCAUACCGCAUAAUCGAGAGAGUUCAAAGGGAGCAGAGGGCACUGUUCGGAGUGAAGAAAGCGAAAACGGUUAUUGCAGUCACGCCGACGCACGUGCGCACCUUCCAGAAGCUUCACUUGAGCUGCGUGAUGCACUCACUAAUGCUCGUGCCGUACGAUGUCGUUUGGAUCGUGGUCGAGGCUGGACGAGUCAGCAAUGAGACUGCUUCCAUCAUCGCCAAGUCAGGACUCAGAACCAUCCACGUUGGCUUCAAUCACGGAAUGCCGAUUUCUUGGGAUGAAAGACACAAAUUGGAGGCUCGAAUGCGCCUUCAUGCUUUGAGGAUUGUGAGCAACGAGAGGCUGGAAGGAAUUGUGAUGUUUGUAGAUGAUAGCAAUAUGCAUAGCAUGGAGUUGUUUGAUGAGAUUCAAAAUGUGAAGUGGAUUGGUGCGUUUUCGAUUGGAAUUCUUGUUCAUUCAGGUCGUGUGGAGGAGGCUUCAGCAAUACCAGUGCAAGGUCCUGCUUGUAAUGCAACCAAUAAUCUUGUUGGGUGGCAUACCUUCAAAUCAUUGCGCUAUGUUGGAAAAAGUGCAGUUUACAUAGAUGAUCUGGCACCUGUGCUGCCCAGAAAGAUUGAGUGGGCUGGGUUUGUGUUGAAUUCUAGGUUGCUUUGGAGGGAUCUUGUUAAUAGACCAGAAUGGAUUAAGGAUCUUCAAGAGAUGGAUGAGAUUGUUGAGGACAUAGAAAGUCCCCUGUCUCUGCUAAGAGACCCCUCCGUGGUUGAACCACUUGGCAGUUGUGGACGCCAUGUUUUGCUCUGGUGGCUGCGGGUUGAAGCUCGCACAGACAGCAAAUUCCCUGCUCGAUGGAAAAUUGACCCUCCUCUGGACAUCACAGUCCCGUCAAAACGUACUCCAUGGCCAGAUGCUCCUCGUCAAUUCCCAAUCAAUGAAAAAGAGCUAAUUGGCACACAAGAACAUACGAGUAAGCAUUCUACAAAGACCAGAACAUCUAGAUCCAGGCGCAGUCGAAAUAAGAGAAGGCACGGCGCCAAAGUGAUUGGUGUGAAAGUCUCUAAACAUUCUGAUAAAAACUGAGAUGUUAAAAUACAUUUUAGAAAUUUACUGCCCUGUGAAUACGGAAUUCUUGGUCUUCUUGAGAAGAAUGUGGAUUGAA